GGCGGAGGGAAAAUGGCGGCGGCCGUGGCGGCCCCUGAGGACGAGCUGGUCUCGUCGGUGACGCUUUACCGGCGGCGGCCGCGGCUGCUCCGCGGUACCGUGCUGCCCUUCGCCGCCGGUCUCUACCCGGCUUGGUUAUGGCUGUGGGGGCCGCGCCUGUGGGGGCCGGCGGAGGCGGCGGGGCCGCCCGAAGCGGCGUUGUUGGCACUCGGCGCCAUCGCGGCGCUGCAGCUGCUGACGGCGCUGGCCGGGCUCUGGUCCGUGCACGCCGAGUGCGCCCUCAGCUGCGUCAGGGAGCCCUGUCCCCAAAAAGCCACCCUGGCCAAGGUGGUGCCAACCCCCAACAACGGCUCCGUGGAGCUGGUGCCAAUCCACAGGGAGCAGGGUGAGGAUGGACAGGAAGCUCUGAGCUUCGAAUUCCAGAAAAUCAAAUAUUCCUACGAAAUCCAUGGAAAAAAACAAUUCCUGCCCGUGGCUUUCCCUGUGGAACAUCCCUUGGGAUUUUACCAGAAUUCCAGAGGAUUCCAGGAGGAGCAGGAAAUUCGGGAAGCUGAGAGAAAAUUCGGGAAUAACAAGGCAGAAAUGGUGGUGCCAGAAUUCCUGGAGCUUUUCAAGGAAAGAGCCACGGCGCCGUUCUUCGUUUUCCAGGUUUUCUGCGUGGCCCUGUGGUGCCUGGAUGAGUUCUGGUAUUACAGCGUCUUCACCCUCUCCGGGGAAUUUCAGGUGUACAGGAACCGGAAGUGGCGCCCGAUUCCCAGCGAUGAAAUCGUGGCCGGGGACGUCGUUUCCAUCGGUCGCUCCCCCCAGGAGAAUUUGGUGCCCUGUGACCUCCUGCUGCUGCGGGGGCGCUGCGUGGUGGACGAGGCGAUGCUGACCGGGGAGUCCGUGCCCCAGAUGAAGGGGCUCAGGCCCGUGGAUAACGGAUGUUUGGCCUUCGCCCUCCGCACCGGCUUCAACACAGCCCAGGGGAAGCUGCUCAGGACCAUCCUGUUUGGGGUGAAAAGGGUCACGGCCAACAACCUGGAGACCUUCAUCUUCAUCCUCUUCCUCCUCGUCUUCGCCGUGGCCGCCGCCGCCUACGUCUGGAUCCAGGGUGGGAAUUCUGGGAAUUCCAGGAGGGUCUGGGGAGGAUUCCCAAAGCUUUUGGGGGGGGAAGGCAAGGAAGUGAUGCCAGUGUCAGAAAUUCCAGUGGAAACUCACCGGGCCAUCGCCUGCUGCCAUUCCCUGGUGCAGCUGGAGGAUGGGACAAUUGUGGGAGAUCCUCUGGAAAAAGCCAUGCUGACAGCUGUGGAUUGGACACUGACUAAAGAUGAGAAAGUUUUCCCGAGGAGUCUAAAAACUCCGGGAAUGAGAAUUCACCAGCGCUUUCAUUUCUCCAGUGCCCUGAAGAGAAUGGCGGUGUUGGCUUCCCUGGAAAACGCCUCUGGAGAAAUCCGAUACCUGGCGGCCGUCAAGGGCGCUCCCGAGACCCUGCACGCCAUGUUAUCCCAAUGUCCCAGCAACUACCACGAGAUCCAUCGGGAAUUCGCCCACGAGGGCGCACGGGUCCUGGCCCUGGGCUACAAAGAACUGGGAGCCCUGAGCCACCAGCAGGUGCGGGAGAUGAAGAGGGAAUCCCUGGAAUGUGACCUGAGAUUUGUGGGAUUCAUCGUGGUCUCCUCCCCCCUCAAAGCCGAUUCCAAGGCCGUGAUCCGAGAGAUCCAGAGCGCUUCCCACCGUGUGGUGAUGAUCACAGGGGACAGCCCUCUGACCGCCUGCCACGUGGCACGGGAGCUGCAUUUCCUGCAGAAAGAGAAAAUCCUGAUCCUGCAGCCCCCGGAGCGCCCCGGGCAGCAGUGGCAGUGGCGGUCCCGGGACGGCUCCGUGGCUCUCCCGGCGUUCCCGAAUUCCCUGCGGGAUCUCACGGAUCCCUUCGAGCUGUGCCUGACGGGGGAGGGGCUGGAGCAGCUCCGGCUGCGGGAUCGGGAUCGGCUGCUCCGGCUCAUCCCCCACAUCCGGGUCUUCGCCAGGGUGGCUCCCAAGCAGAAGGAAUUUGUGAUCACGGCCCUCAAGAGUUUGGGUUAUUGCACCCUCAUGUGUGGGGACGGCACCAACGACGUGGGGGCGCUCAAACACGCCGAUGUGGGUGAGGAAAUCCCCCAUGCCAGGGAGGAGGAAUUUGUGGAUCUGAGCCGGGAAUUUGAGCCUUCCCUGGUGAACAGCACCGUGUACCUGCUGGCCAUGGCCAUGCAGACAGCAACCUUUGCCAUCAACUACAAGGGCCAGCCGUUCAUGGAGAGCCUGGGGCAGAACCGGGCGCUGCUCUGGGCGCUGCUGCUCUCGGCCUCGGCCGUGCUGGGGCUGCUCAGCGGCGCCUGCCCCGAGCUCAACCUCGGCUUCGGCCUCGUCGAGAUCCCGGCUGAGUUCCGCCUGCUGAUCCUGGCCGUGCUGGUGGCCGAUUUCCUGCUCGCAUUUUCCGUGGAUCGGCUCCUGCAGCUCCUGCUGGGCAGCUCCCGCCUCCGAGUGCCUUCCUGAGGGGGCCAUUCCCAAAAUUCCCAAAAAAAAAACNNGGAAUUCCCGGCCCCUCGGCGAAGGAGGAUCCCGAAUUUUUUCACUUUUCCCAGGAAUGUUCUGGCAGCUUCCAAGGUGGGAAUUGAAC